GUAAGCGAAGGGAUAGCGUAGUGUUGUUUCUAUAAUGUCGUAUUACCUCAACUUCCAAUUUUACAAAGUUUUGUCCUGGUUGAUGUCCACGACUUGACAAAACGCCUGCCAACAACUUGGCACUGUCAGAAUUAGAGUACUUUGAACAUGUUUAAACGGUGUCUUUCAAUGCCGUUUAUCCGGAAGCGACGAUGAACGUGUGUGUUUCCCACAAAACCAGUCUAAACCGGCCAACACUUUGGAAACCAAACAGCGAGGGCAUCAGCAGCGGCAUCAGCAGCAGCAACAUCCUCUCGACCCCACACGACCAAUGACUGGCUCAGGCUACUACAUGUACUAGCUAGUCGAUCCAUCAAUCAAUCGUUCAUUUUGCAACGACUUACUUUGAUCUUGUCAAAUCUGUCUCUUCCUCUCUCUCUUUCUACUACUAGCUAGUGUCCUGUCCUUUCACAAUGAUGCCAUCAGCUCCAACGGAAUCCAUGCUGAACGACGAAGCCGCCAUGCUGGAACACUACCGCAGUACUAGACAUGUCGACGAUGACGCUGCCUUGGCACUACGCCUCCAACAAGAAGAACAAGACGCGCAAUACGCUCGUGACAUUGAAGAGCAGUGCCGACGAGAAGAACGAUUGCAGCGAGAGCACCAGCAACAGAACGCACACUUGCCCCCCGUGGAAAGUAUGGAAGACCCACGUUUGACCCCGGAAGAUGCCCAGCUGGCGUGCGACGAGGAUUUGGCGCGGCAGUACGCGUUGGCCGAAGAACGAGCUUUGGCCGCACGAGAGCAACAAGCUGCCGUUGCCACUCCUUCCUGGAGACGACGACUCUGUACCUCCGUGAUCCCUUGUGCUAUCAUUGGAGUGGGUGUCUUGACACUGUACUUAGUCUUGAGGUACACGGGUGACGGAGAAGGUAUUCAAAUCCCGGGAAUUGGAGCACGACCUCCGUGGAUGAGUGACAGCGAUCCAUUUGAUGGAUUGACUCCCGGUGAAGUUGCCAAGUGGAGAAACAGAGGAUCCAAUGAUGGACUGCAGCUCACCAUACUCAAUGCUCUAUCAGCAGAUGAGUCCUGGGAUGAAAUAUUCCCACUCGUGGUCGACGACUGGGAUGAUGGAACUCCCGAUGCGCUCGUUCUUACCGUAAGACAGGCUGAUCCUGAUCCCAAAUGUGAUGCCGUUUCCGGAGCUUCCAAAAUCUGCAAUGGAAACUACGGAGACACUCAGUGGAAAGGAAUCAACAUUGCCAUUCUACAAAUGAACUUUAUCGUCGCUUCUACCUCCAAAAUGAACGAAUUCUACCUCGCACGAGCUUCCGACGCGCAACGGCGAUACACCAUGUGUCACGAAAUGGGACAUUCUUUUGGACUGCCUCACACCGAUGAAGACUUUUUCAAUAAGGACCUGGGAAACUGCAUGGACUACACCAGCAGUCCCAAAAACAAUAUGCAACCAGACGAAACCAACUACCAAUUCCUAGCGGAUCUAUACGGAAGCAUCGAAUCAACCGAAGUCUCGUCACCCAAUCCUGCAAAUCCACCCCAAAACGAAAACCAACAGGAUGAUGGCAAUCGAAGACGCCUCCGACAUGUCACUGAUACCAACGCCAUUCCAAUGGACAUUCAAUCCAAACUACAAGAGAUUCUUCCUGCCAUGGAGAACUACAACGUCAACAACGACAGCAACAAUGACACGCCUCCCCCACACAAAUGGAGACUCCUGCACAGCUCCAAACAGGGACAAGCACAUGAAAUGGACUUGGGCCAUGGAUGGAAAGUACAAAUGCAUAAGCUACUCCAUGUGGACGACUAAACGCGUCCUACCUGCAAAAUAGAUGGAAUAUAAUAUCGCUCCAAUCGAUUCGAUUCGAUUUGGACGGAUACUACUGUAGUAUGUCUCGGGGGACAAGCAACGAAAAGGGAAUCCAGCACGCAAAACAAACGAAAGAGUGAACCACUCAACAACCAUAACGUAUUGAUCACGACGCAUAACUUGCUCAAGAUUUUGGCAAUACUGUAAUAAUCACUACUUCAUAGACUGACAUUGGCUAG